GACGACACAGGAAGCGAGAUGUCCGGCGUGAAGAAGCGGAGCUCCGGCGGCUCCUCGGCGGGCAGGGAGGACGACGGGCAGGUGACGGAGAGGAUGCUGUCCGCGGGCUCCAGCCCCGCCGGGACGCCGGGCAGCGACGCCAAGAGCCCCGCCGCCCUGCUGCCCGCGGAGGCUGCGGGGGGCGAGGGGGUCGUCCUGAAGAGGACCAUCACCCUGGUGAACGGCGUGGCCAUCAUCGUGGGCACCAUCAUCGGCUCCGGCAUCUUCGUGACGCCGACCGGCGUGGUGAAGGAGGCGGGCUCGGUGGGUCUGUCGCUGAUCGUGUGGGCGGUGUGCGGGGUCUUCUCCACGGUGGGGGCCCUGUGCUACGCGGAGCUGGGGACCACCAUCACCAAGUCCGGGGGGGACUACGCCUACAUCCUGGAGGUGUACGGCUCGCUGCCCGCCUUCCUGAAGCUCUGGAUCGAGCUGCUCAUCAUCCGCCCGUCCUCGCAGUACAUCGUCGCCUACGUGUUCGCCACCUACCUCCUGAAGCCGCUGUUUCCGGUCUGCCCGGUACCGGAGACCGGAGCCAAGCUGCUGGCCUGCCUCUGCGUGCUUCUCCUGACCUUCGUGAACUGCUACAGCGUGAAGGCGGCUACCAGAGUGCAGGACUUCUUCGCUGCCGCCAAGCUCCUGGCGCUCGUGCUCAUCAUCAUCAUCGGCUUCGUCAAGAUCGGCCAAGGCGGCACGGAUGAACUCAUCCCCGAAAAUUCCUUCAAGAAUUCAAAAUAUGACUUUGGCAGCAUCGGCCUGGCGCUCUACAGCGGCCUGUUCGCCUACGGAGGCUGGAACUACUUGAACCUGGUCACAGAGGAGAUGAUCGAGCCGUUCAAGAACCUCCCGCGGGCCAUCAUCAUCUCUCUGCCCAUAGUGACAGCCGUGUACGUUCUGACCAACCUGGCGUAUUUCACCACGCUGUCUCCUGAACAGAUGCUGCACUCAGAGGCUGUAGCUGUGGACUUUGGGAACCACCACCUGGGCCCCAUGUCUUGGAUCAUCUCCGUGUUUGUGGGUCUGUCGUGCUUCGGCUCAGUGAACGGCUCUCUGUUCACCUCGUCCAGGUUAUUCUUUGUGGGGUCCCGGGAGGGUCACCUGCCCAGCCUGCUGUCCAUGAUCCACCCCACCCUGCUGACCCCCCUCCCCUCACUCAUAUUCACGUGCCUGAUGACGCUCUUCUACGCCUUCUCCAACGACAUCUACUCCAUCAUAAACUUCUUCAGCUUCUUCAACUGGCUCUGCAUCGCCCUGGCCAUCAUCGGGAUGAUGUGGCUCCGCUACAAGAAGCCUGAGAUGGAGCGGCCCAUUAAAGUGAACAUCCUGCUGCCUGUGAGCUUCGUCCUGGCCUGCCUCUUCCUCAUCGUCGUGUCGUUCUGGAAAACGCCAAAAGAAUGCGCCAUCGGCUUCGGCGUCAUCGGCACCGGGCUGCCCGUCUACCUGAUCGGCGUCUGGUGGCAGAACAAACCCAAGUGGCUGAUGAGUGGAAUCUUCUCGACCACAGUCUUGUGUCAGAAGAUGAUGGAAGUUGUGCCUCAGGAGUCCUAAAUUCCCCUUGACCUUUGACCUUCUACCAGUGGCCAAUCAGAAAGCAGCCACAGUGACCUCUGUUAUGUCUCACACACACGCACACACACACACUCACUGUGAAGCUGUUUGUCUUUUCUGUUUUUAACUUUUUAUUAUUCGGUUACUGACAUGUUUUUAUCUGAAGUAUUUUUAGUUGCUGCUGUCUGUAGGUCUGAUCAUGUCGUCUUUUAAACUUAAGUUAUGUCGCAGUUUUUAGAUAUUUUAUCACUUUUUUUUUUGGACUUGGAUGUUUGCCAGGAUCGGAUCCUUACAGGAAGUCCAUGCUUUUAUUUUGUCGGUGCUUCCUGUCGGUCACUGUGAAGCUGAGAUCCACUGGAAGAUUUUAGGGGUGUGUUCAGUUUGCGUCGGCCACUUUGAGACCCACGGUAAGCGUUUGGUGUUGGACCCAGAUUUGCCUUAAAGCUGCUUUAAUUCAACAAAUAAAUUCAGAUUUUGGUCCAGAACAAGACGGCAUCACAGCUGCAGAUCCAUCAUCCCAAACUCCUCUGGCACCGGAUCCCAGAGGUGCUGGGUUGAACUGAGUCCAGCUGAAACCCUGGUAUUAGAGACGAGGGUCCGACUGGUCCACGGGAGGUAACUUCCACUUUAGAGUCCUUUCAAAAUAAAAUAUGAUGGCAGAAAAUGGCGAUGCUCUGAGGCGGGUGCGGUCCGUCGUUUCCUAAAAAGUGUUCUGAGCUCUUUGAACAGGUGAAGCUAACAAAGCGGUCGAUGAUCAGGCGUUAGAUUCCGUUACACGUGGAUUUUCAGCUGAUUUUCUUUAAUGCAGCUCUGGAA